AUUUAAAGAAAUAUCUAGUCAUAUGAAAAUUGAAUGGGCUCCGGUCCAUGUACCACCCAAACGUCGUAUACAAACGUUGGCAGCGGCAUUUUAUGUUUAUGUCUUCAUGUUUUUGCCAUUUAUUUCACUGUUUUUAACUGCGUUUUUCUUGCUCUAUUUGAAUUAUAUUGGACGAGCUCUGCUGUUGAUCUAUUUGACAUAUAUUUAUUUUGAUCACACAAAACGGGCAUCGGCUCUGGAUGGUAAUGGCUGGAAAUUUUUGCGUAACAACUUUAUGACCAAUCACUUGCGUGACUAUUUUCCCAUUGAAUUGAUUAAAACCGCUGAAUUGACACCGGAUCGCAAUUAUUUGGUGGUCAGUUUUCCACAUGGCAUUAUUGGAACUGGUGUCACCAACAAUAUGGGCAACAACAUUGGCAAAUGGUUGAAAUUAUAUCCUGGUAUUCGGCCAAAAAUUGCCACCUUGGAUAUACAUUUCCGUAUACCAUUUAUGCGUGAAGUGUUACGGCUUUGGGGUUUGGUAUCGUGCUCGAAACAAUCUCUGCUGUAUUAUCUCAACAAAUCCAAUGAUCCCAAACAUCCAGAUAAUCGUGAUGGCUAUACAUCAAAUGCUGUGGCCUUGUUGGUAGGUGGUGCUGAAGAGUCAUUGGAGUCACAUCCGGGACGUUAUGUUUUGGUAUUGAAAAAUCGUAAAGGUUUUGUUAAAAUUGCCAUACGGUCGGGAACUCCCAUUGUACCCUCCUUCUCGUUUGGUGAGGUUGAUAUUUUCGAUCAGGUCGCCAAUCCUCCCGAUUCUAUGCUGCGGAAAUUCCAAUCAUUUGUCAAACACUUGACUGGUGUGUCGCCACUAAUUGUUUUGGGUCGCGGUCUCUUCCAGUAUACAUUUGGCCUCUUGCCCCAUCGUCGUCAUAUUGUUCAAGUUGUGGGCGCACCCAUUGUCGUCAAACAAAUGGAUGAACCCGAUACACAGUACGUCAAUGAGAUUCAUGAAAAAGUAAUCGAAAGUUUGAAUGAAAUAUUUGAAAAAUACAAAUAUAAAUACAUUAAAGAUGCCGAAAAUACUAAACUAGUUAUUAGAUAA